GCCCAGUCGGUAGUAGAGGCCGCCAUAGCAUCUUUCGUUUUAUCAAUUUUUCUAUUUGCAGUGAUGGUAAUUUCAUAAUUUCGGCGUGAAAAAAACAUAAAAUAGCAUGCAGUUUAAUUCAAUCUAAGGUUAUAGAAAAAAAUUAAUGGUCUCAGGAUAUCAACAUGGGAGCGUUCUUAGACAAACCGAAAACAGAAAAGCACAAUGAGGCAGGUGAAGGGAAUGGUCUUCAUUAUGGCCUGGCGAGCAUGCAGGGCUGGAGAGUGGAGAUGGAGGAUGCCCAUAGUGCAGUAACCGGUUUGGGCCCAUUCAAUGAUUGGUCUUUCUUUGGCGUGUUUGAUGGACAUGCCGGUGGCAAAGUGUCCGAUUUCUGUGCUUCUGAUCUUCUGCAGCAGAUCUUAAAAAGCGAACCAUUCAAAAGUAUUAACAGUCCAGGUGAGAACCAGGAUGAAGUAAAACUAGGGAUUUAUACGGGUUUUCUGAACAUGGACGCUUUGCUGAGGGAAAAGAACUCCGAUUCUGGAGGAGAGGACAGGAGUGGGUCUACUGCUAUCUGUGUAUUGGUCUCGCCCACUCAAAUCUACUUUGCAAACUGUGGCGACUCGCGAGCGGUCCUUUGUAGAAAUAAAGAAGCCGUGCAUUAUACCACGGACCAUAAACCGGUUCUCCCCGAAGAGAAAAACCGCAUUCAAAAGGCAGGUGGCAGUGUAAUGAUCCAGCGUGUUAAUGGUUCAUUGGCAGUGUCCAGGGCCUUGGGCGAUUUCGAAUAUAAAAAUGCGUCUAAGAUGGGUCCUACUGAGCAAUUAGUGUCACCGGAACCAGAGAUCACCAUAAAGACUCGUAGUGCGGAACAAGAUGAAUUUGUUGUAUUAGCUUGUGAUGGCAUAUGGGAUGUAAUGUCAAACCAAGAACUUUGUGACUUAAUAACCAGUAGGUUAAUGGUGACUGACGAUUUAAAAGAUGUAUGUAAUCAGGUUGUGGAUACUUGUUUACAUAAGGGAAGCCGAGAUAAUAUGAGCAUUGUCUUGGUGACAUUUGCGAAUGCACCUAAAGUUACACCAGAAGCUUUGCAGAAAGAGAAAGAGCUGGACAAAAAGAUAGCAGAUAAAGUACAAGCUUGUGUUGACGCAAAUGAUGCUGAUCUUGACUUUUCAACGGUUUGGACUGAAGUAACGAAAGAUCCAAUUGAAGGGUUGCCUCCAGGUGGCGGGUUCGCUUCAAAGCGUACAUAUACUGAAGCAGUCUUCAUGAAGUUGCGUCGCAUUGAUCCUAGUAUGAAUGAUAACGGCAGCUCCAACUAGGAUUGCCAGUGGUCUGGACAUGUAUGUAUUCAAGAUAUCAUCAGGCUCCAAUAUCGUCCCAUCUAUGAUGAAAAAUUCAAUGAUUUGCUUCGUUUCAGUCACAAAAGAAGGAAAUGAUGAGUUAGGCCUUCCAGUGGUUAUACGGGGAGCGGAUUGCUAGAGUCUUCUUGACUGUCCUGGAGCGAGGACUUCCAUAUUGUUAUCCUGGCCAAGUUUAAAAAAACAAACAAAAUAAAAGAUUGCAUCCAGAAGUCUUAUGCCCUUAAUUUUCAGCCUAUAGGUCUUGAGCGCAACGUACUGGUCACUGCACUUCAGUAUACAUUCAAGAAUACCCAUUUGGUGCGAACAAAAUCUUUAUGAAUAGACCAUAUUUGCAUGUAAAGUUGAAAUGAGACUUGAUUCUGAAUGCCAUUCUGAUGCCAAUUUAUGUUUUCUUCAUACAAGCCUUGAAAGAAGGACACUAAUAUUGUCGCAAUUGAGACGGAAGCCCGAAACAUUGUUGUCGUAGGGUACUCCAAUCUUUUCUCCCUAUCGAAAUGUUCACUAGUUGCUGUCCAUCGAGGUGGGGAGGUUGCAUCAUUGUGUGGGUCUUUCCAAGUUAGUUUGGGUCAACUCAUGGGGUUUACUCUGCCUAUUCUUCAGAAGGAAGAUCCUUAUCCUCAGAAGGAAGAAGUCUUCAGUUCUAAGUAUAGUGCAGCCAGCUUGAGUGAGCUAAACUGGCGUGGAGAUUUGAGAUUGACUGGCAUGGCUUCAGAACUUCCAGGACACCUUUGUACAGUUUAUAUUCAAACAGAUGCUGUAAAAAUGCGAUGGCUGCUUGAAAUUAAUUACCUCUUUGAAAAACUACUAUCACAUACGCUCCUGCAUGUACAUUUUUGUAAGUCAUCCCCACCUCCCAAUUCAGCCGAGUACCGACAAUGUUCUAGAACCAACCAUGUCCGAGUGCCUGGCUCAAGGUGUAAAUAAAAUGUUUACUGUCAUUUGUGUAUAAAUCUUGCAAAUGCAUUGUGUAUACAAUUAGUUCAGUUAUCUUGUUUGUAAAUUCUGAACCAAUGAAUGAUGAAUUUUGUUGUGACACUUGUAAACUGAAUAUGGACAUAUUUAUUCUGUUUCAAUGAUUAAAAGGUUAGUUUGAUCUUAGCUGUAGUUCCUCCGUAAAACAUAAGAUUUCUUCUUAGCCUUUCCUGCUUCUUCUGAAUCUAGUUGAUUAGUUUCUUGUUGACGGCACUGGUGGGUGACCUGGCUGGUAGGAGAGGGGAAAUAAACUGCUGUCUACAUUGUACAAAGCUCAUAUUGCAAAUUGUUAGUUGAGGGGUUGAGUGGCUUUCAAAGAAGGGGCAGUUUUAUUUUAAUGAAAAUUUGGUCUGUGGCUCCUUACAUUUAAACAUCAUCUAUUUGGAAAUAAAAUCUGGAUCACCUAGCAUUUGCUUUUAGAAAUAGAUCAGCAAAACAUCUUUGGUGCAUUUCUGAAAAUCUCUAGGCUGUUGGAAAAAGAAGCAGUGUACGUCUGUGUUAUUCGAGAGUUUGCAUACCGUACCGACCCCCACUUUCUCAACAAACAACAUGUGACAACAAAAGGUCUACCCUAGUUGAAAUGAUGUGACACAUCGGACGAUACCGGGGGGGGAUCCCACAAUAUUUACCAAAAGCUCAUCAUCUGUUGUAGAAAGAGAGUCGGAAUGGUGUACAACGUCUUAUCAUAUGUAAUCAAGAGAAAGUUCCCUUAUAUUGUAUGUUUUAUAGGCUUUGGUUGUUGAAAAGGAAGGUUAAGACGAUGAUGGUUGUGGCUCAUGGUUUCAGCUUCUGGGUGGCUUUGUCCUGUAGGGUGUUCCUCAGCUUCUGCUUGCCUUAAAAGUGCUCUUUUCCUGACAUUCAUAUCACCAAAAUCUUUUUGUGGACUAAGAAAGGCUGUUGUUGUCUACCUCUUUUUCUUCCCAAAAGGGCCUACAAAUGUAGUUGAGGCCAACAUGACCCAUCAUAACGGAGGUGCUUAAAAACCAUAUUUAUAAUGGCAGGGUUUCACGGAGAGAGAUUCCGUGGUGUUCUAUUGUAAUUUCCGUUCAUCUGGAAUUGGACCUGUGAGAUCAGAGUCACUACCAAAAUGCCAGGAUAAGGUCACUUUAAUUCCCCUUGCGCCAAUUUUCAAGGGUAUCCUUUCUUCUUGUUAUUGUCAGGUAUGAGCAACACAUUGUUCGGGUUGAAACUUAUUCAGGAUUGUUAUAUUUCCGUCCUGGACCAGGUGUUUAUCUGGAAUAGAAUUAAUUUCGGCAAAAAUUGUAUUUUCAAGGUCUGGGGACUUCACUGAUUGACUUUGGCACAACUGGCGAAAUGAUAGUACAGAAAACUUCCUGCCCCAGGGCACAAAGGGGAUUGGAAACUGAAAAAUCGGGAGAUUGUGCGUACGGACUAAAUAAACAACCUCUAACAUAUUUGUAGUAAAAAAGGCCUAGCUGUUGUUGUAAUGCCUUGUCCCCGCCUCAUUUACCAGUGUUCCUUUAACAGAUCAUUGACGCAACAAGAACUGCCAUACUAAAAACUUACAUAUGAAUUACUAACAUGUAAUAUUCAGGCAUAUUCCACCAAAAAGGACGCAAAAACGAAGCACUCUGUCGGGUAUAUAAAUUUUUGUUCUUCCGACUCCAUGUGGUUCAUGGUUGUAGUAUGGCAGCUGAAUUCCCAUUUCCAAAUAACACUUAUUGGUUGGCUGAGUUUUCCUAGAGCAAAAUUCAUUCCCUUGUGCACAAAGCCUCUGCCAUUUUUACCUUUAGUUAUAAAUAUAGAGUAAUGAAAAUCUGCAGAGGCGCAGCGCCGCUGUAGAAAUAGUUUAUCUGACAAAUGUAAGUUUGAAAUGAGCAGGUUCUGGUUGCAGGAAUGGCAACCACUUUGUUUAAGACAUUUUUGAUUAAUUUUGCAACAAAAGGGCUCUGCAAAUGAGUGAUUUCAAUUGCUGCGACGUCGCCAUGACAACACAUCAUGAUUUUGAAUGGAAUGCGGUUGCCGCUUUGUGAAAGUGCGAUCAGUCGCGGUAUCAUCGCGGCUCUGUCGGAGGUCACAGUGAAAGACACCGCAUGCGUGUCAGCACUAUGAUAUGCUGUACAGUAGAGCCUCUCUAUUAAGUACAGCGUUGGGACUUAUGAGUGCAACUGCUCUAAAUGGAGAGGUGUCCUGAUUACAGAUAUCAUAUUGUGUAGAUAUUGCAUCUUUGAGACCAAAAUUGCUGUCCCUUACACAGAGGUGACCGCCUAGGAAGGUUUCAUUGUAUUUCAUGCUUUGUUGACCAAGAUUGCAGGAGGAUGAUGAUGACAUUUGUAUGUGUUGAUGUGUUGAUUGUAUAUUUUGUCUUAAUGACUAAUUGCUACACGUUCUCUGGAUACAUUUUGUCUUCUGUGGUCUGUCAUAUUAUUCUAACAUAAAGUAUAAAGUUAGUGAAAUAAGUUGAAGAAGAUUGUAGGUCGAGUUUCUUUUGUGCCAACUGUUCAACUGCUCAUACCUAGAUGCUGCCUUAGGACUUGAAAUUUGAUUUGGGUUUUCGAAGUAGUCAACAAAAAUAGUUGCAAAAUAGUGUUUGAAUUUGGUUGCGAGUAACCCUGAAGAUAGCUCUGCUUUGUUUUAAGUUUAGCCAGAAUACUUUCUUUGAUUAUAAGUUUUCUUUGAUACUAGCAUCCAUCGCUGCAAUAAGAAUCCCAAGUUUGCGUGAUGCAGGGAUGAGACAUCUCGGGAGGAUUGCCGUUUUUCUCUUCAUGUAAAAAGUUUUGAUUUGGCAGCAGAAAGAAAAGAUCUAUGCCUUAGCUCUCUAAAGAACUUUGAAUUUUUAAAAUCGGACCAAAAUAUAAGCAUUUUUGAGGCAUUCUUUCCAAGUGAGGGCAGUUCUAAGACCAACGUCUUCACAUUUGAUAAUUUUUCAGUUUUUUUGGCUCGGAGCAUCGUCACAUCACUGCAGGUUCUUGAACGUUCUGUAUAAAUGAGGCGAAAUAAUUAAGUCGGAAACAAUGUCACAAAUUUCUAUGUAGAGUAAUCUUGUGUGCACAGAUUAAUAAUUCACCACAGACAUAUCUGAAUCUAUAGUCUUUAGUGUGUACAGCAACAUUCAGAUAGUCUUAGGCUUGUCAAGCCUAGAUAGUGUAGGAUAUUUUGUUAGUUUUCUUUUGUCCUUAUGAAUGUAUUAUACCGUGCAUCGAUAGAAUGGAUGCCUAUUUUCCAAAUAAAAUAAAAAGGCUGAAAAUCUGUAAUGAAAGAGAAAUUAGUUGGAAUUCAAUUUGAUGAUCCUGGUACAUCUUCUUUUGAGUUUUGGAAGAGACUCUAAGAUCAACUUAAGCCACCCUAUAUAAACUAGAUUGUGACAAUUUGUUUGGGUUUGGUAUAAAGGCUUUUAGAGUCUGGUUCUAUUGAUUGGUUCCCCUGAGUUGGAAUGUAACAUCAUUUGUUUUGCCUCUCAAAUUACCUUUAUAAACAUCGACAAAACUACGACUCUGCACAGAUGUUUGCUAACAGUGCUUGAUAUUAGUUCUAAAUUUAUUCUCAAGAUUUGAAACUAGAUAAGUACUAGCACGGUAUUGCUGCCUUGCUUUGUAAAAUGAUUCAUCAGUCAUGUAGUAAUCAAGUCAGAAUCGAGAUUCUUCAAUCAAUGACGAAGUAUUUGAGCAGUAGACCUGGUAAUGUUCCGAGAACGAGGCUUGGUCAGUUAACAUCGACAAUUUGGAAGUUAGUUCUCCAACACUCAAAUACUUCCGUCAUUUUGAUUGAAGAUCUCGAUUCUGAUUUGUAAGACCUUAUCAAAUUAUUUUCAGCUUGUAAGAUUAGGUUUGCUUUGCUGUUAGCAUUUUCCUGCUUAAAAGAAACUUUUACAUGUUUUUUGCGCUUUAGGAUUUCUAGGGAAGUACACGUAACCUGUGUGGCCGAAUGCAUCUCUGAUAUCGUGCAUGAACCUAGCCGCUAGCAGUACUGAUGUUACUGAAAAUAGAUGUAGCGUUGCAAAUUAUUGUUUUUUUUAGGACGAAAAAUGCUUCUGUUGAGUUAGACUGAAUUUUGCUUUUCGCAUCUCUUAAAACAUGUCCGAGUAAAGCUUGAGGUAUAGAACAUGAUCCAAGGACUUUGGUAAUUUCUGUCUUGUUCUUCCCUUACACUACUGAUGUUCCUAGUAAGGUACAUGUAGCAUACGAAAAUAUUCAAGAACAUUAUGGUUGUCAAAAGUUAUAUCUAAUCUAGAAAGACUGUCCGGUGGCCUUCCCUUCAAACUUUGGUUUUCUGGGCAGAUCCCCAAGAUGAGUCCGUUGAUAUUGCAAAGCCUGCCUGAUAUACACAGAGUUUUAGAUUGCAAAAGGUUCAUGCAUGGAUCCCUAGAAAAUAUAACAUGAAAUAUAUAUCCAGAUUGUUUGAUUUGAAACUGAAACUCCGUUCGAAGACAAAAUUAUUUUUUUUGUACGCAUGAACAACUAAUUUCGUCUGUCACAUUUGCUGUGGAUCAGGGAAACGGAAGGCUGGCUACAUAAUAUGCUGUCUGCCUGAACAACUGCAAAAGUGAUCAACACAAUUAGUUAUGCAUGAGCAAAAUCAUGUAGGAAUGAAAUAAGUUUGUCUUCGAUGAAAGACCGUAUCUAAAUUAAGGAUCAUGCCAACUGACUUGUUUGACAAUCGCACAUGAAAAAAUUCUGCAAACUAUAUAAUCGUACAUUUGUAUGGUUUGGAGAAUCCUUCAUGCAAUUAAACGAGGAUUUCAAUCUUCUUGUACUGUUGUGAUUGACAAACAAGUCAUCCAGCAUAAUCCUGAACUAAAACAGCAAAUGAUUGUUUGAAUGAAAUUUCUCUGUAUAAAUUGUGUAUUUUAUAUAUCAACUGCUUUAUUUUCAAAUGAAAGUAUUAUUUCGUGUGAAAUUGCUGUUGACAUAGUUGAAAUAAAAUGAGACAGUUUCAGUUA